AUGUCCACGGACGAGGGACGUGGUACGAAGAGAUCUCGAAGCCCUCCCGCGAGGGAAGGUGGAGAAGAAAGCGCUGUGCCUCGUCAGCGGCCAGGCCGCUUUCCUCUCGCCAUGUCUGAUCUACUUUCCGGUCCACAGCAAUCGAUGGGCCCUUCCCUCCCACCUGCCAAGCGGCGCAGCGUCUCUCCACGACGCGAAGAGCAACGCUCAGCGUUGCCAUCGCCAAUGGCAGUUGACGAAGCCGUAUCCCACCACAACAAGACGAAAAGCGCUGAUGCGUCGCCACCCGCCACUUCUGAAUCUCGUAGUGCGAAUCGAAGACCUGCGACAGCCGGAACAAAUAGUCCGUCAAGCACCGGGCCCAGAAUGCGAGACAGUCAACGCCCUUCGACGAGCACGGGAGCACCAAGCGCCGUAGCUCAAGCAGACAUUCACUCAAGUGAGGGGACAAGCGUCGCUUAUCAAUACACUGCCGUUUCUCAGAUCACAGCUGGGAGAGAAAACAUGUGAGUUGAUGUCACGCUACUGGUUGCCGACGCCUGAAUUCUGCAGAGACGCUGAUCUGUGACACUGGAUUUUCCGCUGCCUCUUCACACCCAGUGAAUACCAGCUGACGCUUCGCGAACAGCCAAAGCAUUCCCGGAUGUGCGGCGUCGGCGAGAAGGGUGAGUACCUAGCAGUUCUGCGAUGGACUGAUCUCUGUGUCUGCCACAGCAAUGUACCUAAUUCUGACUGUCUGCUGUCUUGCCUCGUCGCAGCCGACCGACGUCCCAUUGACCCUGCACCGAUCAUCCAACUUCGCGUCAUCACGCACGAUGGACCUCCAGGCUCUGCUCAAAUGACCUCCGAGAGCAGCUACGGUCAAGUUAUCGGCACUGGAGGCAGCACUUCGCGCGUUCGACGCGGCGUUCCAGUCAUGACCGACUGGGGUGAAGGAUGGGAAGACAAAGCGUGGUAUCUAGAAAACCCUUACUACUUCAUGUAUGCGAUGCUCGCCGAUGCCGAAACCGAUGAGGAGCUGCACCUGCUUCAGGACGGCAAGACGCGCUAUACUACCGGCAGCUGCGUAUCCUGCUUGUACCACCUCAAGGACAUCGAUGGCAGCCAUCAAGGCUUCUUCGUCUUCCCUGACUUGAGCAUACGAGUCGAUGGUCGAUACCGCCUUAAGCUCUGUCUGUUCGAGACGAUCGGGCACGAGGUUCACCAUUGCAAGUCUAUCUUCUCCGACCCAUUCAACGUGUUCACAGCGAAAAGAUUUCCGGGCAUGGAGGGUGAGUCGAGCGCGCGCGCGUCUGGCAACGCCUCGAGGGAAGAGAGCACUGACGCAGGCCUGAUUGCUCACUAACUCGUUGUUCACAGAGUCGACUUUGUUAUCAAAGUCGUUCGCUGAUCAGGGUCUGAAGGUCCGUGUUCGCAAGAAUCCACGCCUUCGGAGAGGUCGAGCGGGCAACAAACGCAAAGACGGCGACUACAGCGACGACUCUGACGGUCAAACUGGUGCGGGUCUUCAAGGUUACUAUGAUGAUCCAUCGUGGCGCGACCAGAAGCGAGUUCGGAGUGACGAGAAUGGUCCUCUCAGCCACGAUGGUGUUUACAGCCGCCAAGCCGAUCGGAUGCUACCUCCAGGCGGAGAGCUGAGGGACCCGCGAGGAUACUCUUACUCCCCUUCUUAUGCGCACGAACGCCGCUACGAUCGAGAGAGCUACUCGAUGAUGCAGGGACGGCCUCCUGCCUCUCAAGUCUUCGGACCUCCUCCUGCAAUGGUGCGACCACACCGCGAGCAGGAGACGUACAGGCCGACACAUGCUUCUCGACCAGUCCGCGAAGAGUACGCUCAUCCUGAGGACAGUCAUGGCGCUAGGUCACGCCACCCUUCCGGUGGACUGGCGUACUCUGCUUCGCCUGCUCAGCAGUCAAUGCCACACUCGGAAACCCGACGUCCGUCAUUACCGUUUGCGUUUGCCCCUCCGGCGCAAAGUCGAUCUCGUCCGCCUAGCCCUUCGGAGACGAGGUCAUACCAAUACCAGCACAGUACCCCGCAAGGUAGCCAUCGGCCUCGCAACAUCUCUGGCUCAAGCUACAUUUCCAUGGAGGAUGGUAGUGAGGGAUCUCGCAGCGGCUAUCACAGCUCUCCAAGGCACGGCCCAUCCAGACUUCCUGCUCUAGCGCCCAUAAGGUCCGAUCUCAGACAACAAGCAGGCGGAGUGCGAGGCGUAGCAAGACCAUCUCAUCACGGGGCAAUGGACCGUGGCAUUGACGAAGACGGCUACCUGAGUGUGCCGCAUGCAAGCCGGGACAGAUCGGUCAGCGAUCCAAUGGCUCGAGUUUCUCCACGCUCCGCUUUCUCGGGCGCUAUGCCACCGAUCCCGGAUCUGGGAGAUCGUCGACUACCGCCACUUCGCGGCACUCUGGCUCAGGGCUCUCGACCGCCACCCGUUCGCGGCAUCUCUGAUUACGGACGAGAGACGGAUUAUAGCGGUGAGCGUGGACACGACGCGCAUCCACGUGCCCAUUCACAUCAAGGCUACACGCACCCGCUUGCUGAGCAGGAUGACUACUAUCCUGAGCAACGCGGCGAGUCGAGCCCUCGAAGAGGUCGCGUGCCUUGGCAAGGUCCUUGA